AUGUCCAGGCCAUCUCCACGCUCGGCCUCAUUUGGGAACCGAAGUUGGACAUACUCCGAUUCAAGGUUACCGCUAGCCGCAUCCGUCCUGAGGAAGCGCAAGGUGAUAUCGUACAUCACCCAAAUUUUCGAUCCACUCGGACUCGUGGGUCCAACGAUCAUCAAAGCUAAAUUCUUCAUGCAGCGACUUUGGGCUCUGAAGCAGAAUGGCGAAGCAUGUGAAUGGGACAUGCCGCUCCCGUCAACACUCCAAGAUGAAUGGAAACUGUUCCAUAACACACUCCACCUGUUAAGUGAAGUUCGCGUACCCCGCUUCAUUUCGAUGCCCGACACCAUCAGCAUCCAGCUUCACUUCUUCUGCGAUGCGUCUGAGCACGCAUAUGGGACAUACUGUUACGUCCGAACCGAAGCACACGGUGCAGUUUUGGUCCAGUUGUUGACGCUCAAGUCCAAGGUAGCUCCGCUUUCUACUCGCCAUACAACCGCCAGACUGGAACUCUGCGCCGCGUAUUUGUCGACCCAGCUAUACAAGAAGCUGGACACGACGCUGAGGCUUCCUGCAACUGUGCAUUUCUGGACAGAUUCCACUACUGUCCUCCAACGGCUUAGCGGGAACCCGAGUCGUUGGAAGACUUUCGUCGCAAACCUGGUCUCGCAGAUACAGCUUUCAACCGAUCUCAACCGCUGGAAGCAUGUUCCUGGAGUCGACAACCCAACUGACGACAUUUCCCGAGGAUUGAAUCCUACCGACAUCCUCAACUGCACACGAUGGUGGACUGGGACACCGUGGCUAUCAAGGUCUUCGGUUGUUUGGCCAAAUGUAACAUUACCAGCAGCAGAAACUCCUGAAGUGUCCGCCGAAGGACGUAAGAUACCACUAGUCGCUAUUACCACGACACAGCUGAGUUUCUGCACCGAUUUAUUCGCUCGCUACUCCAACUUCUCCAAGCUGCGCCAGGGGAUAGCGUUCAUUCAGCGCUAUCUACAUGUACUUUGCGAACGAGCCUCGCAACGUCGUUCGGAAAAGGAGACGCUCAAGCCACUCGUCAUCCCGAGCAUUAUCCCGCACCCAGUCCAUCCGCUUACCGCACAAGAGCUCCAACACGCCGAACUUUCGCUCUGUCAUCUCGCGGAGGGUGAACUCUUCGCCGAGGAAAUUUCCGAUCUCGCUAGUGGCGAACGUGUCGCAGGAUCUUCCACGCUGAAGUGGUUGAACCCGUUCGUCGGUCUCGAAGGCACCGUACGUGUUGGUGGCCGGCUGCGCAAUGCCGUGCUGACCGAUGCGAAGAAACACACGAUCGUCCUCUCUGCCAAGCAUCCGCUCGCUGUUGUGUUGCCUAGUUUUCAUCAUUUAAAGCUACUACACGCUGGCCCUCAACUCCUGCUAAGCACUCUCCGCCAGAAGUUUUGGAUUCUGGGCGGCAGAAAUCUCCAGGCCCACACUAGUCGAACAGAGCACAGCAGAUCUUCCGGCAUCGAGAGUGUCUCCAACCCACCGUUUUCCGUCUGCGGAGUCCACUAUUGCGGACCGUUCUAUUUGAAGUCCGCCGUCCGUAACCGUGGCCCAACGAAGGUGUACGUGGCCAUAUUCGUCUGCUUCUCUACGAAGGCAGUUCACAUCGAGGCAGUGAGUGACCUGUCAACACCAGCGUUCCUAGCUGCACUCCGUCGUCUGGUCACCCGCAGAGGAAAGGUGGUAGAGUUGCACUCUGACAACGCUACCGCUUUCAAAGGUGCAUCGAAUGCACUCAACCGCAUCUACCGCAUGCUGAAGCUCGACGCGUUUGAUCGGAAUCAGAUCUUCGACUGGUGCUCCGAAAACGAAAUUCGCUGGAAAUUCAUCCCACCUCGAGCACCGCACUUCGGCAGUCUUUGGGAGGCUGCAGUGAAGUCAGCGAGAAUACACCUGCUGAAGGCAAUCGGCAACAUGAACGUUGUGUACGAGGACAUGCUCACACUGCUGGCGCAGACCUGCCUCAAUUCUCGCCCGCUGACUCCAAUUCCGGACGAUCCAUCCGAUCUCGAAGUCCUUAUACUAGGACACUUUCUCGUCGGAAGUAAUCUCCAAGCUGUUCCGGAAGCUGAUCUGAAGGAGACUCCUGACAAUCGCUUAAACCACUGGGAAUUGACCCAGAAACGGUUCCAGACCAGUUGA